UUACAGCCUCCCAUUUCACCUGUAUGUGGCAACUUAACCCGGAACAGCGUCCGGUGUUCUGGCUCAGAAGCAUGGGGGGGGCAUGCGACCUUGUGCGUUUCUUUCCAAAUCUCUAGACUCUGUGGCUCAGGGAUUGCCUGCCUGUCUUCGUGCCGUUGCCUCCUGUGCGCUGAUGGUAACUGAUGCUGAGAAGAUCGUUUUGUCCCAUCCCCUGAUUCUGCACACCUCACAUCAGGAUGACUGCGCGGGGCAACCUGACCACGAUUGUCUGACUGCCAUUGUUAAUGACACCAGUAUCAGACCAGAUCUCUCCUCUGUUCCCCUACAGACAGGACAAGCUUUGUUUGUUGAUGGUUCCUGUUCCAAACCUAGUGAUGGUGUAUAUCUAUGUGGUUACUCUGUCUGCCAAUUGCCUAACAAUGUUCUGGAAUCUUUCUCUCUUCCCUUUUCUUCUGCGCAGGCUGCUGAGCUAUACGCCUUUACAUGCGCCUGUGUCCUGUCUGCUGACACUGAUGUCACUAUCUACACAGACUCACGCUAUGCUUUUGGGGUUGCUCAUGAUUUCGGUAGGAUUUGGCAAUCUCGUGGCUUCACUGCCGCCGAUGGUAAGCCCAUUUCCCAUGCGUCACUGGUACAGGAUCUAAUAACUGCCUGUCACCUGCCACGUUCUUUGGCUAUUGUUAAAACCAGGGCUCACUGUUCUGGUGACACGGACGAGGUCAGAGGUAACAGCCUCGCCGAUCGCAUGGCCAAACAAGCUGCAGCCUCACGUCCGCUGCCGCCAGACUUAUCUCCAGCAAUGGUGUCUGUUAAUACCAUGAUCAGUGCUGUUUUACCUGACAUGGAUUUACCUUCCCUACAGGCUUCAGCUACUGACGCUGAUCGCGCCUUCUGGGCAAAUCAGAGUUGUACCGGUUCCACAAUUUUGGUCGAUGGUCAGGGUCGUCUUUGCCUUCCACAUCAUUGUACGCCUUUUCUCGUCCGCGAAUUUCAUGGUCCCACUCAUCGCGGACGAAGAGGGGUAUUACAUGACCUAACUGAAAAUUUCUGUAUAGAUCACUUAUACACAGAUGUAAACAACAUACUAAACAGAUGCUUAACAUGCACGCAAAACAACAUCUCCAAACCAGGUGCCAUACAUCAACAUCUUCCCACCCCUGAAACAACGUUUCAGGAAUGGCAGAUUGAUUUCACACACGUGCCCAGACAAGGCCCUUUCAGAUACCUUUUGGUAAUGGUGGACAAAUUUUCCCGGUGGGUCGAAGCUUUCCCCUGCAGCAAAGAGAACGCUAGAAUAGUGGUUCAGAAGUUAACUACGGAAAUAAUUCCAAGAUAUGGUAUCCCUGUAGGAAUUGAUUCUGACAAGGAACCCCAUUUACCUCAAGGCAACCGACACAGGGUGGGUAAAGGUCAUGCCGUGACCCCGAUUCGGACCGGGGUUGCUGCGGCCACAACACAGAGAACUAACCACUAUACGAUCCCGGCGUUAAACGCUUGCGGUGGCGCAAAAGUGAUGUUUGCCCUGGAAUGUAAACUACUGGCUGACGACAUGGGCCACACUGGGAGCUGUUCACCUCAUUCGUCUUUCCUUCUGGUAAACAUUUUAAUGGUGUACAGCGUUGAGCUUUGUGAAAGUCAACUUACAAGCGUGAUGCAGAACGAGGCCAUAGUCCAGGAGUCGAACCCGGGCCGCCUGGGUGAAAACCAAGAAUCCUAA